CACAGCACCGGGAAUCUCUAUCUCCAUCUCUCUAACCCCCCUUUCUUCUGUCUCUGAAGCGUAAAAACCAAGCGACUCUCAUUCCUCAGUCAGUCUUCUCUGUGUGUGACUGAGGAGUGUUCUUAGGUUUAAAUCCUGUCUUUUACCUACAUUUCAGAUUAAUCUUUCAUUUUUUUCAUAAAGUGGCAUCUCUAUCUGCUAAAGGAUGACUUGGUAACUCAAAACCAGGAUUUUUAAAAAUUCCCCCCCUCUUGAUUUGUCAAGAGGCAUCAUCUUUUUACUGGACUCAUCUUUGUUCUUGUGCUCACAGUUGCAGAGUGUACAAUAUCUGCUAGUGGGGAAAUAGGUUAGUGUGCCUGUUUUGAUGUUGGGCAGCAGAGGUGAUUGCAUGUUCACUGCACGGAGGAGAUGAAAAGGAGGGGGAUGCCUCUCUGGCGGUAGCAUCCUGUAACCCUGUGACCAUUGGCAGCGAAGGUAACUGGAAUGAUUCCACUCAGCUCCAACCUUUAGUGGGAGUGUCAGUGACUGAAUUCAGGAUAAACAAAGAGAAAAGUACCUGAGGAAGCAAAUACCGACAUCUACUUUGACUGUUUUUUGUGGUCACAGAACAGGGCUGACCUGUGCGCCUGUUUUGCUUGGACACCAUGGACAUCAACCUUCAGUCGCACCGAUUUUACUUUCCCCAAAUCUACUGUGCUGAACCCGGGGUGCAGCCACAGCUCGCUGAGUUUAAAGUCAGUGAGCAGAGUAUCUGCCAGGCUCGGGCCUCAGUCAUGGUCUACGAUGAUAGCAGUAAGAAGUGGGUGCCCAUCAAGCCUGGGCAGCAGGGAUUCAGUCGCAUUAACAUCUACCACAACACUGCCAACAACACCUUCAGAGUGGUGGGCGUCAAACUGCAGGACCAGCAGGUGGUUAUCAAUUACUCAAUAGUAAAGGGCCUCAAGUACAACCAAGCUACCCCGACCUUUCACCAGUGGAGGGACGCCAGGCAGGUCUAUGGCCUCAACUUUGCCAGCAAGGAAGAAGCCACCACCUUCUCCAAUGCUAUGCUCUUUGCUCUCAAUGUUCUCAGCGCUCAGGAUGGAGGUCCAGCUCUCCAGCGACAAGUCCAGAAUGGCCCAUCUUCGGAUGAGAUAGAAGCUCAAAGAGCAAGGCAAAUGAUGGAGCAGCAGCAGCAGCAGCAGCAGAUGCAGGCGCACAUGGAGCGGGAGCGGCGGUCCUCCAACUCAGGUUCUCCUUUCCAAGGCCACCCUGCUGUGCUCUCUGUGGCCCCACCAGUAGUACCUCCACCAGUAAACAUGGGUGGCCCUCCUCCCCCUCCACCGCCACCGGGCCCACCACCACCAUCAGCAGGAGCACCCCAGCCUCCCCUCCCUCCUCCGCUGCCCAUAGGAGGCCCGGGGGAUGAGCCACCUGCACCGACGGGUCUCGCCGCCAUGAUUGCUGGAGCCAAACUGCGUCGUGUCCAAAGACCUGAGGACAGCUCUUCAGGCGCCAAAAAUGAUGCCAACCGAACAAGUGGGGGGAGCGGAGGACUGAUGGAGGAGAUGAACGCUCUGUUGGCAAGAAGAAGGAAAGCAGCUUCAGAGAAGCCUGAGGACAGCCAAAAUGAUGACCCAAACUCUCCCUCGCCCAGCACUCGGAGUGGACAGAAUGCCACAGAUGGUGCAAAGAAGCCCUGGGACCGAGCUAACUCUGCAGACAGGUCAAUGGUUUCGAGGGCACGACCUGCAGGGAGUGGCAGUGACACAGACUCGUUAGACCUCGAUAGGAUGAAACAGGAAAUUUUGGACGAGGUUUUCCGUGAAUUGCACAAAGUGAAGGAUGAAAUCCUUGAUGCCCUUAGACAUGAACUCAGUCGAGUCAGCACGACAUAAUCUCAAAGAGCAACUCCGAGACAUGAACCACUUUUUUCAAACCAUUGCUCCUGCAGCUGCUGCUGUGGGCCUGAAGAAGAGGAGAAGUCAGGAACAGAGGCCCAGACUGUGACAUCUACUCAUCAUGUUUCUACUGCGGUGUUGAAGCAACGAUGCUCUAACACCUCAGACGUGUCUGUGUACUUUUAUUUGUUCGUUUGUUUCUAUUGAAAGACGUGAAUGAGGCACACUCUCGCACUGAUUACUCAGAUUUUAUUAACAUUUUUGUCUGUUUGUCAGCCUGAUCCUCCCCUCUGUCCUUUGCCCAAAAGAAAAUGAUAAAAUCCAAAUUAUUUUAAUAGUUUUCUUUUUUUCACUAAUUUCUUUAAAGUUUUUGGAAGUUUUCUUGUGAUUUGUUUUUGUUAUUAUCACUUUCAUUAUUAUUACUAUCAUUCUUAUUGUCUGUGUAACGUCAUGAAUUGUAAUAGUGUAGUAAUGGUGAAAUAAGGAAGUUAUGAUAAGAAUAUGAUAGUAAUGAUAAUGUUUUAUGAUAAUGUUUUAUUAUUGCACAUUAUUGUAAGUCACUUUUUUUGUAUUUUACAUUUGUUGCUUUGAUCGAGCUACAUUUGCAGGCACAUCCCAAAUUUUCUUUCUCAUCAUCUGACCUAAAAAAAAUUUUUAAAAGGUUUGUAUCUUUUUCUCCAACACGGUUAUGUGUGGAACCAUGGCAGAAAAAACAACAGAAAAACAAAUAUGAGCUUCAACUUGAAAUCAAGAGUGGAAUUGACUCCUUUGGAUAUUGCAACCCCAUAAAUUAAACUUAAAAAAAAGAAUAAAUAAUACACCAGAGUAUUUGUGAUCAUGUUGUUAAUAAAAAUGUUUAUUGGCUGCAA